AUGCCAGCCAACGAGACUUUCACAUUUUUGAGUAAUAUCUCUAAAAUAAUAUCAACAACAUACAAGGGAGACCCAAAUGGACUCAAUGCAUUCAUAACAGCAUUGGAACUUGCCGACUCAGCGUCAGGAGAUAACGAUAAGCCACAUCUAAUCAAAUUUAUAAAAACAAAACUAGAGGGACGUGCACCAGAGGCGAUGCCGACCGAAAUAACUAGCGUACAAAAUAUAAUUUCGGCAUUAAAAUCAAAAAUUCGACCAGAAUCGAGUAAAGUAGUACUGGGAAGAUUCUUAGCCCUACGAUCCAAAAGAAACGCAAUGACGAAAUUUCAACAACAGGCAGAAGAGCUUGCAGACCAACUGAGAAGAGCCUAUAUAUCCGAAGGGAUGAAUCAACAUCUAGCAGAGAAAACCACGAUAGACAAAACGGUAGAGAUGUGUCGUUUAUCGGCUAAAACUAAUUUAGUAAAAUCAAUUCUAGCAUCCAGUGAUUUUAAAGAACCAAAAGAGGUCGUAGAAAAACUGAUUAUAGAAUCAAAUGUUGAAAACAAUGAAGCACAGGUCCUAUAUUAUAGGGGCAAUCAUCAAAAUCAGCGAAUGAAUGGCUUCAACACAUUUCGUGGAAACGGAAAUUAUCGUGGAAAUUACCGUGGACAAAAUGAAAAUAAUAGAAAUUACAACAAUCGCAACAGAAACACAAAACAAAAUUUUCGCGGACGUGGAAGAAGGGGCUAUAACAAUCAAUACAAUAACAACAAUCAUGGCCGAUACCAAAAUAACAGAAAUCAAGAUGGAAAUAAUUCUCGCUACGUACGUGUAAUCGAGGAGGAAAACGAUCAAUCCCCGACGACACAGCGGGGACAACAAAACAACACUGUGUCCAUGACAGAAAGACGAAUGUAA